CAGAGCCAAUUUUGCUGCAGCCAUCACAUUGAGAGCUACCAAAGAUAUCCUCACCAAUCUCAUUGGCUCCGUGUCUACUUAAUUUCUGUGAUUCUUAGGGUAGAAACUUGCUUUCCUCAUUAUAUCAUUGGAGAGGAAGACUUGGAAGAGAUUAUUUUAGUCUCUUCUUUCUUUGCUUGAGCUUGAGCUUUAGCAUAUAGUUUUCAUGGCUUCCAAGAGAAUCCUCAAAGAGCUCAGGGACCUCCAGAGAGAUCCCCCGACUUCCUGCAGUGCCGGUCCGGUGGCAGAGGACAUGUUCCAUUGGCAGGCAACAAUCAUAGGUCCAAAUGACAGCCCUUACUCUGGCGGAGUCUUUAUUGUCAUAAUCCAUUUCCCUCCUGAUUACCCUUUUAAGCCCCCUAAGGUUGCUUUCAGGACCAAAGUGUUCCAUCCCAACAUAAACAGCAAUGGCAAUAUUUGCUUGGACAUUCUCAAGGAGCAAUGGAGCCCUGCCCUGACUAUUUCCAAGGUUUUGCUCUCCAUAUGUUCGCUGCUUACGGAUCCAAACCCGGACGACCCGCUUGUCCCGGAGAUAGCCCACAUGUACAAGACUGACAGACCCAAAUAUGAUGCCAUGGCCCGUAGCUGGACCCAGAAGUACACUAUGGGAUAAAACUCGGCUGCGUCCCACCCUCCCGGUCGACAAUCAGCCCUUCACAUUACUUUUGUUUUCUUCUGGAAUCAAAUUAUAAGUUACCUCCCUGGGUUGGCCGAAAUGUCAAUUUAAGCUGGUCAGAACUGAGAGUCCAUAACAAAAGGCUGGAAAUUUUCUUCUUCGCUGGAAUAUAAGUCCUCACACAAA